AGUACCCGACGGACGAUACACGCACGCACACAAUGUCUGGCCGCGGCAAAGGAGGCAAAGCGAAAGUGAAGGCAAAGUCCCGCUCCAGUCGUGCCGGAUUGCAGUUCCCGGUCGGUCGCAUCCACCGUCUGCUCCGGAAGGGCAACUAUUCCGAGCGGGUCGGUGCCGGGGCCCCAGUCUACAUGGCAGCCGUCAUGGAGUACCUGGCUGCGGAGGUGCUCGAGUUGGCGGGAAACGCUGCCCGUGACAACAAGAAAACCAGAAUCAUCCCUCGUCAUCUGCAGUUGGCCAUCCGCAACGACGAAGAGCUGAACAAACUGCUGUCCGGCGUGACCAUCGCCCAGGGCGGUGUCCUGCCGAACAUUCAGGCCGUUCUGCUGCCCAAGAAGACCGAGAAGAAGACGACGGCAUAGGCUGGCAGCAUUCCGCUCGCGUCCUCGCGUGUCGACCAAAACAAAACCGUCCUUUUCAGGACGACCACAUCCCAUU